AUGGAAACUCGAACUAAAUCCUCCGUCGCGUCCCUCGCGAUACCCGCAACCUUCUCGGACCUGCAGAACCAUGCCCACGAGCACAUCGACGAUGCCAUGAGCAUGGAUAUCCCGGAACAACUCCUUACACCUGAAAACAGUCGGUCUGAAACGUCCAGCAACAACGAAAACGCGUCUACUGAAGAGAAGCCGAUCCUGCGGCGAACAUCCUCACGUGUAACACGCGCCUCCUUACGGAAGUCGGCACAAUUUGAGACAACGUUGGAGAAAGAAAAUGGGAUUUCCACGUCUUCGCCAGGCCAGGAGGAUCGUACGCUGGCCCCGGGGAGCCUGGCAAACAAUCUCACGAAGCUGAAGCGGUCUCAUUCCUCCCAUCUACGGCACAGCAUAGCAGUCAUGGAAACAUCCCUGUGGAACGAGACAACGCUCAUACAGGAUAGGCUUGAGAUUGAAGACCACCCAAUGGCUCCGGACACACCGGUCUCCAACUCAUCCCAAGAGCCUCAGCCAAAUGAACUUAGCACGGCUCUACAGCAUCGCAACUUGAGGAAGCGUGUGGAACGGGCAUUGACCCAGGAUGAUAGUCCCGACCGAAAUAAAUCUACAAUCAAAGCUCAACCCGAGGAUCUUCCAACACCUCGGCGCUCAACCCGUCUGAGUCUAUUGGAGAAGGCCUCCGACUGGGUUGAAAAAGCGAGUAGCAUUCUUGGGAAACGAUCCAUUGAUAAGAUGAAAGAAGGGAAAGACAGUGAUCGCCGAUCCAGUCUGCGACCUCGGAAUGUUGCGCCUAAGGAGGAAAUUGCCUCUCUUGCGACUACUGAACCUCCAGCUGCAAAGAAACGGCGUGUCUCUGAAAGCGAUCUGCCCUUGAACACAAAGGACCCUGAAGAUCCUAUAGCAGGAACCGAAAAUGCUCCUGGGAAAGUCGAGCCGAAAGUGAAAUCAAAGCGCUGGUUGACUCAUGGGCUGUAUACAGGCCAAGAGUUUACUACUUCUAGACCCAGUCAAAAUAGGAACAAGAGCGCAAAGAGAAAAUCCCUAGGCGCGCCAUUGCAGCGCAGGUUUCUCCCAAUGCCAAUGUUCGCAGGUGACCGGCUUUUACAGCUAGGAAGAGAUUUCCAGUUGCCUUUCGACAUCUACUCUCCUCUUCCAGCAGGUCAACCUAAGCCUGAUGAGUGGAGAAAAACCAACAAAAAUGUCUUUGUUGGGGAGGCGGGUAGUAUAUGGAGAGCCAACAAGCACAUGGAGUUAUCUAAGUGCAUGUGCAUAGAAGAGACCGGCUGCGAUGAGAACUGCCAAAACCGGUACAUGUUUUAUGAAUGCGACGAAGGCAAUUGCGGACUAGGUCCUGAUUGUGGUAAUCGGAGCUUUGAGGAACUCAAGCAAAGAACUAAGGUGGGAGGCAAGUAUAAUAUCGGUGUGGAGGUCAUCAAGACAGAAGAUCGCGGAUACGGCGUUCGCAGCAACCGUACCUUUGAGCCAAAUCAGGUCAUCGUUGAAUAUACAGGUGAAAUCAUCACUCAGGUGGAAUGUGAGAAGAGGAUGAGGACCCUCUAUAAGAACAAUGAGUGCUAUUACCUUAUGUACUUUGACCAGAACAUGAUAAUCGACGCUACCCGAGGAUCCAUCGCGCGCUUCGUGAAUCAUUCUUGUGAACCAAACUGUCGAAUGGAGAAAUGGACCGUUGCAGGCAAACCACGCAUGGCUCUUUUUGCCGGUGACCGUGGGAUCAUGACCGGUGAAGAAUUAACUUACGAUUAUAACUUUGAUCCAUAUUCACAGAAGAAUGUUCAACAGUGUCGAUGUGGUGCUCCGAACUGUCGUGGAAUUUUGGGACCACGACCUAGAGAAAAAGACCAACGCUCGAAAGAAAGAGAAUCUAGGAUCCUAAAUCAGAAGAAGAGCUCAAUCACAAAGAAGUCAACGACAACCAGAAAGGUUACAGGCACGAAGCGCAAGAGCGGGACCGCGCUUGACAAAUCUUCAUCACAUCUGAACAAAAAACGGAGGCUCCUGGCACCAAAUUCUAUCGCAAAAGGCGUGAGAAAAGCUGUGUCCAAGGCUCGCGCAUCGGUUUCCAGGUCAAAAACUUCCGCGAAAAGGACAACGGUAACAGUACAAUCCAAAGAAUCUAAGAAAACAGUCACAAGAGGGAGAGAGCCGGCACCCAAGGCGCAGGCGAAGGCCAAAGAGUCGAAGCCCCGGUCUACUGUCAAACUACCGAAAGUCAAGUCUGCCAAAACAAAGGUGAAAGCGGCUAUUCUUCCUAAAACGUCUUCCAAAGCUACAACCAAAUCACCGUCGAAACCACGGGCUUCCCAGCCGACUUCAUCUACCUUGAAACGCCCGUCCGAAAAGGCUAAGGAGAAGAUCCUCAGGGCAGCCAAAGGUGUAAAUGCUCGGAAACAGACAACAAAGGAGAAGAAGGUCGAUACGAAAUCACCUCGCAAGUCUCCCAAGAGCAAUAAUGCCAAAAAGACCCCUCAGGCCAAGGCUCCAGCUAAACGCACGAAGAGUCUGGCCGCUAAACUGCAACCAAAAUGA